AUGUCGGACUCGUGUAUCUUUGUAGUGUACUGUUAUAUUUAUUCGCUGGGCAUUUCCCGCGACGCUCGUGCGCGUGUCGCAUCCAAAGGUGGAAUAAAGGGAGUGUAUAAAACAUCUCCCUUCGUAGCCCUUUGUGUUAUCAUUUCAUCACCAGACCCAGGCAUGCGCUCAGAACUUUUCUUUAUCUCUCAACCCGCGAGACAAUGUAAGGGUGUUCGGGAUGUCAAAAUAGCAUCCAAGAUGGAUCCAUGCCAGUGGGGGAGACUGCGUGCUCUCGUCAUUAAUGCAGCCGCCAGGUUUCUCAAUACACAAGACAGAUAUGAGCACCAGGACCCCGAAAUGGUUCGUUUGUUCUACCAAGCGGUUCACGCUACAUGGCCAGAAGUUGCGGCGAAAUAUCCCAAUUCAUGGGUUCUGGUCUGGUACCUAAAGAUAUAUCUGUUGAAACGAGUAUAUCGGAAACGCUGGUCUGAUAAAAUUGCUCGUGAGAAGGCUGGCCGUCAGGUACUACAACAGCUCAGAAAAAACACAAAUCGAUCGUCCAUCCGUCAACUCGAUACCAGUGCUUCGCAGGCCCAUGUGACCAAGAGAACACGAAGGAGGGCUAUUGCCUGUGAUCAGCCUGUUCCUUCAUCUGGUCCAGAAAUUACGGCGUCGAUUGCAACGCAUUGCUCUCAUGUCAUCGCUCCCCAGUAUGACGGGAGCCGAUCUUCUUCCGCCUCAGCACACUCACGCAACGUAGUACCCGUUCAAAGCUCUCAUGCAGUCUUUCGUUUUCUUGACUCCAUGACACCCAGUCUGGUAAAACUUGUUCCAGAUUUCCUUUCUGCUGGGAUUCAUGAUGAGAGCCAUCUGGAAGACUUCUUUACAUGGCCUGAGAAGGCUCAACGUAACUUUCUUCUCAAAACAUUUAGUGGAAAAAUAAAUGCGUUGGAGUUGGGAGCAGUGUUGAUAGCGUUGAACGCUAGGCGCUGUGGCUAA